AUGAAUCGGGAACCUUCCUUUCCCUUUACCGCUAUCGUGGGCCAGACGGCUAUGAAAAAAGCGUUGCUCUUGAACACUGUCAAUCCCCGGAUUGGCGGUUUGCUGAUUCGCGGCAAGAAAGGCACCGCCAAGUCCACCGCCGUCCGCUCCCUGGCAGCCCUGCUUCCGGAGGUAUCGGUGUUGCAAGGCUGCCCCUACAGUUGUCCGCCGGAGGCUCGACAGGGAUUGUGCCAAUGGUGCGAAUCGGGUAACAACGACAACCCUCCAGUCAGCCACCAGGUUCGCAUUGUCGAUUUGCCGGUGGGCGCCAGUGAGGACCGGUUGGUGGGUUCACUGGACAUUGAACAGGCUAUCAAGUCCGGCACCAAGAGUUUCGAGCCCGGUCUUAUUGCCGCGGCCCACAGAGGCAUUCUCUAUAUCGACGAAGUAAACCUCUUGAACGACCACCUGGUGGAUGUUCUGCUUGACGCCUCCGCAAUGGGGCGCAACUACGUGGAGCGCGAGGGCAUUUCCGUUAGCCAUGCCGCUGAGUUUAUUCUGGUGGGCACCAUGAACCCGGAAGAAGGGGAAGGUGACUUGCGUCCCCAGUUGUUGGACCGGUUCGGCUUGGCGGUUGAAGUGGAUGGCAUAAUGCCCUCCGAAGAACGGCGCGAGGUCGUGCGCCGGCGCAUGGCCUACGAAUCUGACCCAUUUUCCUUUAUGGACCAAUGGCAGGAAGAAGAAGGCAGGGAACGAGAGCGUCUUCUCCAAAGCAGGCAAUUGUUGGGCCAGGUAACCGUUAGCGAAGAUAUUCUGGGCUUAAUCACCGACAUAUGCGCUGAGUAUCAGGUGGAUGGACUGCGUGGCGACAUCGUAAUGUACAAGACGGCCAGCACCAUUGCCGCUUAUGACGGCCGCACCGAGGUUGACGUGGAGGAUGUGCGCGAGGCGGCCCUAAUGGCCCUUCUCCACCGCCAACGCCGCCAACCGUUCCAGCAGCCUCACCUGGUGACCGAACAACUGGACAACAUGCUGGAAGAGUACCAGAACCAAUCCCGAAACCGUGAAGCAGAGGACAACAGUUCCUCCAACCGGGACCACAAUGAGGAUGAGUCUGACCCCUCCGAUUUAGGGGACGACGAACAGGAAAGCGAUCCAGAUUCGGGUUCGGGCCCUCAGGACCAGUGGUUCGAGACCGGAGACCCCUACAAUAUUCAAUCCAUCCUUCUUCCUCCCCCCGACCGGCGAGAACGGCCUUCUUCUGGCCGCCGUGCCACCACCGUCAGCGGGAGCAGCGCCGGGCGCUACGUUCGUGCCCGGAUUCCUCAGGGGACGGUUUCCGACCUGGCUCUUGACGCGACCCUCCGUGCGGCCGCGCCCUAUCAGGAGCGCCGACGUGAAAGUACGGGUGUGGAUGCAGAGUCGAGGCUCGUCAUUGAACCUUGGGACGUGCGGGAAAAGGUCAGAGAGACCAAGACCGGAAGCCUUAUCCUCUUUGUGGUAGAUGCCAGCGGCUCCAUGGGCGCCCAGCGACGCAUGGUCGCAGUUAAGGGCGCAGUGCUGUCGCUGCUCCUGGAUGCCUACCAGCGCAGGGACAGAGUGGCGCUGAUCAGUUUCAGAGGCACAGGUGCAGACCUGCUGCUGCCAUCGACCAACAGUGUGGAUUUGGCCCAACUCUACCUUCAAGAGAUGCCCACCGGCGGACGAACCCCAUUGUCGAAAGGCUUAUAUCUGGCCCUGGAAACUCUGGAGACGGAACGAUUAAAAGACCGGAACGUCCUUCCUCUGGUGGUGGUACUUUCGGAUGGCCGUGCCAAUGUGUCCAUGGACGGCGGAAACACCCAGGCAGUAGAAGAAGCCAGGGGAUUCGCCUCAAUUUUUGAUGACAAGGGCAUGACCAGCGUCGUUAUAGAUACUGAAUUGGACUUCAUCAAGCUGCAGAUGGCCAAGCCACUGGCUGAAGCAAUGGCAGCCCGUUACUUGAAGCUGGAAGACCUGAGGGGCGAUAGCCUUGCAGACGCGGUAAGAAACGAGCUUCCUUCGGCCACCGGAGGGGCGGACACAAGCCCAGAUACCAGUGAUGGAGCGGCAAACGAGAUGCGCCGUCUUUAUGACAGUCUGGGUUGA